CUCCCCCCCCCCAAUCUUUCUCCCCAAAACCGGAUGGCUUUGGGGUUCUUUCGUGCUCUCCUCCAGCUGCUCUGGCUACCGACUACGUCUGCCCCCUCGAGUGCGAAUUCCAGAAUAAAGGGGCUAAACGAGGUAUUCUUCCGUUUUCUUGUCCCUUCUGUCCUCUUUAUUAGGCAACGAAGGUGUCAUGCGUCCCCACUCCUCAGCACAGAGACCCCAUCUAAGGUCGGCCUACACGACCGGUAGGCAGGUGUAUGUCCUAUUGUAAUAGAUUAGGAGAUACCUUGUGGGGAGGUAUACGUGUAUAAGCCUGGGUAUACAUCUGUGCAUGGCUAAUUUCAGGAAGACAAUAGCACGGGACUUCAAC